GUAACCUAUAAAGCUAUAAAUUUUAAGCUUUUUUUUUAUUUCUUUUCUUUUCUUUUCUUUAUCAUGAAGACAAUUGCUUUUAUUUUAUCUUUACUGUUUACAGCUCAAGCUAUUUCAUUUAACAUUACAGCUACAGCUUCUCUUUCGCAUCCAACACCUGUUGUUUGUGCCAUGACAGUCUGCCCAUCUGUCACUGCUUUAGUAGCACGUGACCUUGUUUGCCCAGAAAACUGUAAAGAUGAUUGCAAGAUCAUUGAUGAUGUUUGUUGCCCUGGUAACCAAAAGGCUAUUUGUGAUUCCAGUUCCAAUGCUACUAGUACUUCUUGGGUCGUUUCUGCCUUGACAAGCACCGCUCUUCCUACCAGUUCUGUUGCUUCUGUUGUUACCAGUGCUGUUGCCUCUAGUGCUGUUGCCUCUAGUACUGUUGCCUCUAGUACUGUUGCCUCUAGUACUGCUCCUGCUCAACCUACUCAAUCUAAUACUACCAGUGGAGCCGGAAAGACAGCCAUUAUGUGGAGUGGUGUAUGUUUCAUGAUGUUGGUCAUUGUACAAGUUCUGUAAAACAAAUAAAAUAAAAAUCUGAGCAUGAAAAUUGUACAUUAUAAA